GUGUGUGUGUGUGAGAGUGCUGGGAGGCCAGGCGUGUGUGUGGUGUAUUCCUGCCCUGUGCUAGGACUGAAACAUGAGCACGCUCCAAAUAUAGCUGCCACUCAGAGAGGCGGUGUGUGGGACAGAUGGCCCCGGCUCACUCAGAGCAGCCCGAGCAGCCGCUGCCCAAAGCCUCAGUCUGCUGCUCUCAGCCCUUACACUCACCCAUCUUAAGCUGGAGACGUCCGCUACGCGCCACACACUGGAAGGAUGCAGGACGGGAGCUGUGAUCAGGCGCUCCCCCUCUCUGUGAUGCUGAAGGAGGCGUGUCCAGGGCAGGGGGACGGGGCGUUCUCACAAGCCUGGGCGGAUGGGGAGCUGUACCUGGAUUCGCUGCCGCAGGCGGCGGACGGUGCCGAGGGGGAGGGGUUUCCUGAGCUGUCGUCCUUCCUGAGCCAGGAUGAGAUUGACCGCAGCCUGGACCUGGCCCGAGAGGCAUUUGCACAGGAGGAGGGGGAGCCAAACCAGGACCCGCCCCAAACCACACCCCUCCCUACCCCUAAGGACCUGCCCCAGGCCGCUGGCCCCGCCCCCCAGGCCCCUCCCACAGGGCGGGAGAAGCACGUGUGCCAGCGCUCCAUGGCCCCGGCGGUGUACAAGCAGGACGGGCCGCGGCUGGCCCACGCGGACCUGUCGCUCAGCGAGCGCGCUUCCUCCGCCAGCGAGUUCUGCAGCCGCGCGGCCACCUUCAUCGAGGAGCUGUCCUCCAUCUUCAAGGGCCCCGGCAACCCUGAUCACCAUGGCGACGAGGAAACGUCCUCCCCCGACAGUGGCUACCUGUCCCCCAAGGGCCCGCGCGACGCUGAGCGGCUGGCCCCGCCCACUGCAGGGGAGGAGCCUGUGGCCCCGCCCCGUUUCUCCCAGAAGCUGAAGAGCCAGGAGGUGGCCGAAGGGAGCCCCAUCCGGCUGGAGUGCAGGGUCACUGGGAACCCCCCACCGCUGGUCCGGUGGUUCUGCGAGGGGCGGGAGCUGCAUCACUGUCCUGAUAUCCAGAUCUCGCGGCAUGCGGACCUGCACACGCUGGUGAUCACAGAGGCCUUCGAGGACGACACCGGACGCUACACCUGCGUGGCGUCCAAUUACCUGGGAGCCGACAACACCUCUGCAGAGGUCUACAUCGAAGGGGCCUCUUCCUCUGACUCAGAAGGAGAAGGUUCGGGGCAGAAGACCAAGCCAGGAGCCAUGCCACAGGUCCAGAAGAAGACCACCUCCGUUUCCCUGACGAUUCGCACUUCUUCGCCCAAGACCCCAGAGGCCGCGCCCCACCGAUCCACCCUCGUGCAGCCUCUCUCUGCACCCCCCCUGCGGGUGCAGAGUCCAAUGUCCUCUCUGCAGGGGGGAGAGGGCUCAUACAUAGCGCCCCCUGUCUUCACUAAGCCCCUGCACGACGUGCAGGCCUCGGAGGGCCAGGUGGUGGUUCUGGAGUGCCGGGUUCGAGGCAGCCCCCCCCUGCGGGUCCGCUGGUACCGACAGGGCCAAGAGGUCCAGGAUUCGCCCGACUUCCGCAUCCUGCAGAAAAAGCCUCGGUCAGCCGCUGAGCCAGAGGAGAUCUGCACACUGGUGAUCGCAGAGGCGUUUCCAGAAGAUGGCGGUCUGUUCAGCUGCACAGCCACCAACCAUUAUGGGACUGCCACCAGCACAGCCCAGCUGAACAUACACUCAGUGAAUGAGGACUUCAGCAGAAACGGGGUGCUGUUUGAUGACUCCCAGGCCUUCCCCCCCCCACCUCCCCCAACAGAGAUCAGCCUGCUGGAGUUGCCCCCCAAGACAGAGCGUUUCCAUGUCAAUGAGCUGGAAAUCUGGCCCAGUGUGGUGCCAGCAUCGCCCGUCCAGACCGAACCCGAGGCCCUGGAGGUCUGCAGCAAUGGCCCGGCCGCCAGCCCCCCACCCCAGGAUCCCUCACCCCCCCCACCACCCGCUGGGGAGUCUCCACCCCUGUCCCCGCCUUCCCCCACGAGGAGUGGCCCACCACUGCCCACCAAACCCAAGCCCAAACUAUCUGAUGACAUAACUGAGAAAACGGUCAAUGACAGCAGUGCAGAUCAACUGAAGCAGCUGCAGGCUCAGAUCCUCCUGGAGCAGCAGGAACAGGAAGUCCCGCCCCCUCCUCAGGAGCAGCAGCUGCAGCAGGAGGAAGUACCGCCCCCAUCUCCUCCUCUCCCCCCUCCACCAUCCUUCCAGGAGCUGGAGAACAGUGAGCAAGCUCCGCUCCCCACAAGCUCGCCCAGCACCAUGCAGACCGCCAGCACCUUCAACUACGCCCGUCCCAAGCAGUUUAUCGCUGCCCAGAGCCCUGCCGCCCCUGCUGGGGGGUACACCAGCCAGUCCUCGGGCUCCUCCGGCUCCGGGCUGCCCUCCCCCCUCUCGCCCCCCACCCCUCACAAGGCCUUCAGCAAAGUCACCUUGCCACCCUUCCAGCCAGCUCCGCCCAAAACCACCAAUCAGGAGUCUCCAGCGUCCCCGUCCUUCCCUCCCCCACCCCCCCCAUUCCUCAGCCCCACCCUCUCCUCCCCCGCCCAGGACUUCCCCCCUCCGCCCCCGCCCCCUCCCCCGCCCUCUGCCCCCUGCCAGUCUGACCCCUUUGGCUCCGCCCCUCAGUCCCCUGCUGGCUUCCUGGUCUCCGUCCUGCCGCAGUCUCCGCCUCCACCUGUCAACGCGCUGGGCCUGCCCAAAGGCAAUGGGACUGUCGCAAUCACCCGCAAGCAGAGCCGCACGCCGCGCAUCGCCUCCGACUCAGAGAUCCAGGGCUCUAAAGACGCCGUCAUCCAGGACCUGGAGAGGAAGCUGCGCUUCAAAGAGGAGAGGAUCAGCAACGGCCAACAGAGGCUAACCUAUGAGGAGAAGAUGGCCCGCCGGCUGCUUGGGGCUGACAGCGCUGCCACUGUGUUUAACAUGCAGGAGUCAGAGGAGGAGCCUGCCACCCAGGACUGCAGUUCCCCUGACAUAGACUCUGUUCCUCAAAAGGAGUACAAGGUGUCCAGCUUUGAGCAGCGUCUGAUCAGCGAGAUAGAGUUCCGUCUGGAGCGCUCGCCCGUUGAAGAGUCUGAUGAUGACGUCCAGCAUGACGAGGAUGCUCCUGGACAGCAGGUGGCGCCGCUCUUCUCUCAGAAGCUGAAGCACUUCAAGGUGUUCGAGGGCAUGCCUGUCACCUUCUCCUGCAAGGUCGCGGGGGACCCCAAGCCAAAGAUUUACUGGUUCAAAGACGGGAAGCAAAUCUCCAAGCGCAGCGAGCAUUACCGUAUCAGCCGCCAGCCGGACGGGACCUGCUCCCUGCACACGGCCGCCGCCUCCAUCGACGACGACGGAAACUACACCGUCAUGGCCAGCAACCCCGAGGGAAGGACUAGUUGCACAGGGAGGAUGAUGGUUCAGGCAGUAAAUCAGAGAGGGAGAAGCCAGAGAUCCACGCCUGGACACAUCCGCAGGCCGCGCUCCCGCUCCAGAGACAGCGCUGAGGAGGACGGUAAUAUUCAGGAGCGCCACUUCCGCCCUCACUUCCUGCAGGCGCCGGGUGACUUAAUCGUGCAGGAGGGCCGGCUGUGCCGCAUGGACUGCAAGGUGAGUGGGCUGCCCACGCCAGACCUGAUCUGGCAGCUGAACGGGCAGACCAUCCGGCCUGACAGCGCCCACAAGAUGCUGGUGCGGGAGAACGGGGUGCACUCGCUGGUCAUCGAGCCUGUCACCUCCAGAGACGCCGGCGUGUACACCUGCAUCGCCAGCAACCGCGCCGGACACAACUCCUUCAGCCUGGAGCUCAUCGUAGCAGCCAAAGAGAUGCACAAGGCCCCGUCUUUCAUUGAGAAGCUCCAGAACACGGGCGUGGCCGAGGGGUACCCCAUUCGCCUGGAGUGCCGAGUGUCCGGGGUGCCCUACCCCCAAAUCUUCUGGAAGAAGGAGAACGAAUCCCUCACUCACAACACGGACAGAAUCAGCAUGCAUCAGGAUAACCACGGCUAUAUCUGCAUGAUCAUUCAGCCCGCCACUAAAGAGGACGCUGGCUGGUACACCGUCUCCGCCAAGAACGAGGCGGGCAUCGUGUCCAGCACCGCCCGCCUGGACGUGCACGCCCAGUGGCAGCAGUCCCACACCCCAAAGCCCAGGAAGGUGCGGCCGUCGGCCAGUCGCUACGCGGCCCUCACCGAGCGGGGCCUGGACGUCAAAGCCGCCUUCUUCCCCGACUACAGCCCCGCCCAGCAGCCCGGGGGAUUGGUGGAGAGUGAUGACCUGUAGAGACCAGCAGGGGGCCCCCUCACCCCCGCCCUGCCCAGCCCAACCCCCGCUUCCCUCCCCUCCUGUCCCGCUCUCUUCUUCUCUCACGGGGGUUCAGUUCUCUUGCUUUAUCUGUCAGGAAAGGUGUGGAAUAAGCAGUGCUGGCACACAGACUCUGCUCUCCAAGAUGGAUGACCAGAAGCCCUCGUCACAUGACCUGCCUGCCGUCUUGUAGUCCUGCCCAGCACAGCACAGCACAGCUCAGCCCUGCACAGCGUGUGUGUACUGGACACGCGUCCUGACGUCACUCUCUCAACAUGCCUCUGAAUCCCAGGUUUCUAUGCAUGCUGCUUAAAAUAAAGAAAGAGGGAAAAGGGGUGUUUUUAUAUGCUUCUGUGCCUGCAUCAGCUUCACUGCACCAUGCACGGGCUGCAGGAACUCAGGAGGAAGGUGAUGAUGAUGAUGAAGACCGUGUCUCCUGUCCUGCGUGUGUGUGUUGUGGGGGAGCACAGAACACUCCAGCUGUGUCUUUCAGUGUUUUUGGUAAAAACCAGGAGUGAUGUGGUUGCAGUGUAGUCAUGACGACACUGUCCCUUUUACAAUGUGGGUGUAGCACAAGUGCCUUUGACCUUUCUGAACACUGUGUAAGUUUUAAGGCUGAGGGAUUUCUUUUAUUUUUAAAAAUAAUAAAAAGUGUAAGUAGCGUCUAGUUUUGCAUGUUACCGAGGUGCCAUUUUAAUACUCCGCAGUCACAGCUGCAGAAGUGAUGUAUCUUAUCUAAGCUCUGAGGAUCUUUGCUUACUUCCCUUUAGGGAGGUACCACUUGGGGGCGGGGGGGGGGUCAGAUAAAUCUGCCGUAAUGUAUCCCCCAGUUGUGCUCUGCGUGCUGGGGGCCUGGGGGGGCGGGGGGGAUGGACACGGCAGCACGAGGCCGGCCCUUCUCAUUCGUGUUUGUCUCGUGGUCGCUCAGGAGAAGCAGAAGCAGGUGAAAACGGAAACGGAACGUUGCUGGAAUGGUGCGCGGUUUGGCAGUGGGGCGGCGUCGCUGCGGUAAGGAGAGAUUGACAGGCACGUGGACAGGAGGGUGAGGGUGAGGAAGCAGUGAGGUCAGCAGCCUUAAAUACCGCUGGUUAGCGUGACGCUAUCCGAAGCCAGCACCGGGCCUUUCACCAAAACGCCCUCUUACCAAACUAUCGGCAGUUAGCAGCCCGUCCAUGCGCAGGCCGUCCUGACUGGCUCUUUCAGACCCAUCCACAGCAGUCAGGCUGUAAGAAACAUCAGCGCUGGCCCAGAAUAAACACGCUCUCACCCACAGGUUAACAUGGGGCUGUGAACAGCCGUCACAUUUAAAACCAUCAGAAAUGCCAGCGGGCAGUUAGCCCCUGCAGCCAUGGCCUGGUCUGUGGGGCUGUGUGUCUGUGGGUCUGUGGGUCUGUGUGUCUGCAGCCAUGGCCUGGUCUGUGGGGUGUGUGUCUGCAGCCAUGGCCUGGUCUGUGGGGCUGUGUGUCUGCAGCCAUGGCCUGGUCUGUGGGGCUGUGUGUCUGUGGGGUGUGUCUGCAGAGGGAGCCGCUCUUUGGCAUGCCAGGGUAAACCACGCCCACAGGCUCAGCUGAAACCCUGGCGCUGUGUUCAGGAGAAAUGAGCAUGCUGUGGAGGGACUGCCCACAGAGGAGGACGAUGAUGAAGAUUACGCCAACCAUAACCUUGUUCUGAUGUUUUAUUCCUUAGACUGAGGUCAGAUACGAAAUAUCGUUUCAAGGGUUCUUGUGUGGGUAUACCCCACUCUGUGGAAUGGGGAGUUUUUGUGGGUAUACCCCACUCUGUGGAAUGGGGAGUUUUUGUGGGUAUACCCCACUCUGUGGAAUGGGGAGUUUUUGUGGGUAUACCCCACUCUGUGGAAUGGGCGGGUUCUUGUGUGAGUGUACCCCACUCUGUGGAAUGGGGGCCCUUUAUUUUUGUAUGAGAGAAACACAGUUUAGCACAGCAUAUAUGUAAUUUAUAUUUUAUUCUCCUGCCUUUGUUGAUAACUUUCCAGAAACUAUCUUAGUUAAGCCUUUCCCUUCAUCUCUUUUUUCAAACAUUUUAAGCUGGUCUAUUUCAAAUAUGAUGCCUACCAGUAUCAGUUAUAUAAUGCCAUGACAGAUCAAACUGGCAUGUUUAUUAUUAUUAUUAUUAUUAUGAUGAUGAUUAUCUGUGCACUUGCUGUAUUCUUUGGUACUAUGGAGACCCCAACAUUAGCAUGACCUAAAGGAGUACAACGCUCAUCAGUCACUUAGUACUUAACCAACAGUUAUAUCUUUGCUCACAAAUCAUGUAUGUCAUUAAGUUCAUGUAUUUUUUUACAUACCAGUUUAACACAGCUUCUGCUAAUCUGUUAACCACCGUCUCCCUUCUGUCUGUUACCGAGCAACAUGGUCCAGCCAAAUACGGUCACUUAUUUUCACAUUUUAUUAUCACGCCUUCAUACGCCACUGACUGUGCCUGUGUAUGGACUGCUAAUGAUUUUAAGGUUUUAAUUACCGUAAUAAAAGGAGUCUCUGGAUGAC